AGUGUUUUGGAAAUCAAAAAAAAGGCAUAUUAAAAAAUCGACAUUUGAGUCAGUAUAUGAGAAAAAACAUAAGGAUAUGCCACAUCGUAUCCCCAUAAGAAAGCGUUUUAGAAAGAAAAAGUCAACAAUACUGGAAGACAAAGAUUAUAAUGAGCAGCAGGAUGAAGAUGGAACGAUCACAUUUCCCUGUUCGGUGUGCAACCAGGAAAUUGCCAUAAGUAAUAAUUUUCUCCAUAAGAAACAACACGAAGCUUUGGCUACACUGGGUUUCCAAUGGAUGGGUAGAAAGAAACCACAUCCCGUCAUGAUUGCAGUUCAGAGACAGUUUAUAAUUUCUAAAAUGCUAUCAUCUUUUAUGUUCACUGAGGCAAUACUACAGAACAUUAAUAAUUCUUUUGAGUUGCUUUCCAAGAAACAAAUACCAGGAUACCAUUAUAAGAUUUUUGAUAGCCUUGGCAAGAGUUCCAUCCAUUCUCAAAAAAUCUGUCAUGUAUUAAUUAAAGGUGUAGCCACCUGUGGAGACAGGAAUUCUACAUGGAGAGCUGAAAUGAAUGAUAAAUUCACUAUAAUGAAUUAUUUUGGCAAUAAGCCCAAUGUGUGCUUUUUUGGUUUGUUUGAUGGACAUCAUGGUGCCUCAGCAGCAGAACUGGCAUCAAAGGAACUCCCAGUUUUACUUCUCCAUCAGCUUUCCAAAUGUGAUCCUUCCUUUGAAAUGACACCAGAACAGCAACAGAUAAUCAAUUCCUUUCGCACUGUGUUCAGAGAAGAAUACAUAGCAAUAGAAGACCUCUUCUCUUCAGCACACAAAGUGAGAAAAACACAGAAGCGUGGCCAUGAGGAUAUGCACAAAGCCUUUGCAAAAGCAUUUUGGAGAAUGGAUAGGCUCUUACGUCUUGGAAGAAAAGAAGUUUCUAGGGUUCGGUGGAGUGGCUGCUCUGCAGUUACUUGCAUAUUGGAAGGCAGCUUUAAAAAUCCUUUUGUUAAUGAUAAUUGGAGAGGAACCAACUUUGAUACAAGAAGCUUCUCUUCUCAGAUGACACCACAAAUAAUUUCUGGGGUGUUACACAUUGCAAAUGCUGGUAAUGUGCAAGCAGUCUUAUGCAGAAAUGGGAAAGGUUUUUGCCUAACCAAAGAACACACCACACAAAACAUCAAUGAAAGAAGACGACUGCUUCAGAAUGGAGCAGUGAUUAGUCCAAAUAUGCCAUGUGGGCUCCUGGAAGGGCAAAUAAAAACCACAAGAGGACUUGGAUUUCAUGGAAACCUUAAACUGAAAAAAUUCAUUAUCCCAGCACCUCAAACUAUUUCUGUUCCUAUCGAUGACUUAUGCCAAUUCCUUAUUUUAGCUACUAAUGGACUUUGGGAAGUUUUCGAUAAAAAGGAAGUAACUGCACUGAUAAUAACAAUGUUUCAGAUGUACAAAGAAACAUAUGAUUCCAUCAUAGAAGACAAAUCACUAUCCAAAGGGUCUUUGCUUCUUUCAAACAGUGACGAAAGUAUUAUUAAAUCAGAAAGUGAUAUCCACAUCCUGUUUCAGCGUAAACCUGCCUCUAAGGAAUGUUUUUUACCUACAAAGAAAAAAAUUCCUGAUUCAAAAUAUUCUCAACACAGCUUUUAUAACCCUAAAAAUGAGGAAACACUUCAACCAGAAACGAUCAAUCAUGAACCCUAUAGUGAGAAAAAACUUGACAGACCAAAUACUGUAGAUGGCGCACAAACAAAUGAAAAAGAACCACACGCUCAGAGUUUCUACGAAGGUGCAGCCGAGUAUGUCAGCCGUGAACUUGUAAAUGCUGCUUUAGAGGCUGGUUCCAGAGACAACAUUACAGUUAUGGUAAUAUUUCUCAAUGGAAGUGAGUACCAGUUGCUGACAUAA